AUGUCGUCGACCAACAACCUCGUCUACCUCCGCUGGGAUCAGCUCAUUGAGCAGAGGUUCGGCAUUCUUCGAUCCAUCAUCGAGAACAGCGACAAGGAACUUCUGGCCGCUGUGGUUGCCCACGACCGCCUGAGCCCGGUAGAUUGGCAGGCCACGCUCCACAACCAUGUCCAGGGACCAUCCACGGCCGCAGACAAGGGUCAGGUCUUGAACAACCUACGGGACCAUCUCCUGAAGACCAACGACCAGCUCAGAGACGAUACGAAGAGUAUCUCAGACAGCAUGGACACACUCGCGAACAAAAAGGAUACCAGCACAUGGGAUUGGAAUAAUCUCCUUCUCCAAGCCAUUGGGACCAUGAAAAACACGGCACUUGAUCAGUUGACACAAAUGAAGAUAUUUGCAGACAAUGAGAUGGAAGGCUUAAGCCAUGACGACCGGAUCGCUGUCACGAAGAUCUUCAACCAGGCAUGGAUCGCACCCACCGGCUUCCAGACCAGUAUGGCGAUUUAUCUUAUUCUGGCACAACAAAACAUUGGCAACUGGACCAGGGAGCCGCGGAAGAACGUGAAGGACUUCCAGGAGACCUCGAAGAAUGCAUUUGAGCUUUCCAGAAAUACCAUCCAGGACGCCUUCUCAUCAAACGGCCUACGUGGCCCAUCCACGCUCGCAGACAAGGAUGAUGUCUUGAGGACCCUCAAGGAUAUUCUCCUGAAGACCAAUCAGCUGAUCCGACAGGACACGAAUGAGAUCUCGCAGAGUUUCGAGCAGCUGGCAAACAAGGGUGGAAAUGAGGAGGAAUGGGUCAAGGCCCUCGACGACGCCGAAGACCUCAUGCAACACAAGGCACUCGACCAAAUGGCGGAGAUGAAGAGGUUCGCGAUCAACCGCAUCAACUCCGUUGACGGGAGAUACCGCAACAAGGUCGGCGAAAUCUUCGGGCAUGCGUGCACCGCCCUCACCGGCUUCCAAGGCAGCGUCCACCUUUUCAUCAAGGUGGCAAAGGGAACUGCUGACAAGUGGUACCGGAAUCCGUGGGACAACCUCAAGAUCUUCCAGAGGUCCACGAAGAUCUGGUACGACGGAGCCGAACAGGGCAUCAAGAGAGCCUUCCCGGACUACCUUGUCAGUGACAACGGACGCAGCGAGGACAGCCUUUCAUCCAUCCAGGACAUGGCCACUCAGCUCCAGGGCAUGGGCGUCGACAACAUCACGAUCAUCCCGAAGGGUGAUGGCUGGGCUUUGGAAAUCGGCGCUGGUAUGUAA